AUGGUGCACAAGAAAGAAGACAAGUUCCCACGCAGCGACACCGUUCAAGGUCCCGAUAUUUCAAUCGAAGAUGCCCUCGAAGCAGCAUGGCAGCACCACUACACCAGUGUGAUGCGCGCUCUCGGCGUCGAAGAUGCUGAACACGGUCUCAACAAGAAAGACAUCGAGUCGCGACGCCAAGAGUUCGGUCAGAACAUGCUCGAAGGUGGCGACGAGAUCAGCAUCUGGAAGAUUAUGGCGCACCAGAUCGCAAACGCCAUGACUUUGGUCCUCAUCCUGGCCAUGGGCGUCUCCCUCGGCAUUGGCUCGUGGAUCGAAGGUGGUGUGCUUGCCGGUGUCGUUGCUAUCAACAUCAUCGUCGGCUUCUUCCAGGAGCUUUCGGCUGAAAAGACCAUGAACGCACUCCGUAAUCUGGCUUCUCCUACGGCUCGCGUCAUCCGCAAUGGUGACGGCGAGACCAUUUCUGCCAACGAGGUAGUACCAGGCGACAUUAUCGAGCUCACCACCGGUGACACGGUCCCUGCUGACUGCCGUCUCAUCGAUUCGAUGAACUUCGAGACCGACGAAGCUCUGCUGACCGGUGAGUCGCUUCCAGUGGCCAAGGACCACAAUCAAAUUUACUCUGCCGGUGAAGAUGUUGGUGUUGGCGACCGACUCAACAUGGCUUUCACCUCAUCCACCGUUUCCAAGGGACGAGCCACGGGUGUUGUUGUCGGCACCGGAAUGAACACCGAGAUUGGCAAGAUCGCCGACGCCCUCCGCGGUGCCGCCAAGGCUCAAAAGAUCCGUGACGUCAAGCGCAACGCUUAUGGCAAGGCCCUUCCCCACCAUUACGUGCAGGCUGGUGCACUCACCAUCUGGGACAAGAUCAACAACUUCCUCGGCACCAACAAGGGAACUCCGCUCCAGCGUCGUCUUUCGCAGCUCGCUGUUGCUCUCUUCUUCGUCGCUGUGCUCUUUGCCGUGAUCGUAUUUUUGUCCAACAACUGGACAGACAAUGAAGUCAUCAUCUACGCAGUCGCCACCGGCGUUUCCAUGAUUCCUGCCUCGCUCACUGCCGUUCUCACCAUCACUAUGGCCAUGGGCAGCAAAGCUAUGGUCAAGAAGAACGUCAUUGUCCGAAAGCUCGAGUCGCUCGAGGCUCUUGGAUCCAUCAACGACAUUUGCUCAGACAAGACCGGUACUCUCACCCAAGGAAAGAUGGUCGUCCGCAAGGCUUGGGUUCCCGCUUCCGGCACCUACAGCGUUUCGGAGACCAACGAACCUUUCAACCCUACACUUGGCGAGGUCUCCGUCAACAAUGUUGAACCUCGUGAUGCCAAGGCAAGUAGAAACUCUGGUGAAGGAGAGGUUGUUGCUCGCUCUGGCAAGUCGGACAAGGUCAAGGGCAACGAUCGCUUCGAAGACUUUAUGAAUGUUGCAUCGCUCUGCAACCUAGCCACCGUGUUCAAGGACAAGGAGACCCACGCUUGGACUGCCCACGGCGACCCUACCGAAUGUGCCAUCCAGACCUUUGUGACGCGCUUCGCCUGGGGCCGACUCAAGCUGACCAAGGGUACCGAUGCAGACAAGGAAGUCACCGAAAAGGACCGCACCGCGGCCAAGUGGACUCAAAUUACCGAAUACCCCUUCGACAGUUCUGUCAAGCGCAUGGCCGUUACCUAUGUCAACAAUCAGGCUCAGGAGAGCUAUGCGAUGAUGAAAGGUGCCGUCGAGCGUGUUCUUGAAUCGUGCACCUCAGCGCAGACUGCUGAAGGCAAGAUCGACUUGGACGAAAAGUUCGAAAAGCGUGUUCUUGAGAACAUGGAGGCACUCGCCAGCCAGGGUCUCCGAGUUCUCGCUCUCGCCCACCGCAAGCUUACGGAAGCCGAGAAGGAGCUCGACGAGGAACUCGAGCGCGAAGAUGUCGAGGCCAACAUGACUUUCCUCGGUCUCGUUGGUCUUUACGAUCCUCCGCGUCCUGAAACCGCCGGCGCUGUGCGUAAGUGCAAGGAAGCAGGUAUCACCGUCCGCAUGCUCACUGGUGACCAUCCUGGUACCGCCAAGGCCAUCGCCGUGGAUGUUGGCAUCGUGCCUCGCAACACUACGCGAUUCUCGAAGGCAGAGUUGGACAGCAUGGUCAUGACCGCGGCACAGUUCGACAAGCUGUCUGAGGACGAGAUUGAUGCGCUUCCUCAGCUGCCCCUCGUCAUUGCUCGAUGUGCACCUCAGACCAAGGUGCGCAUGAUCGAGGCGCUCCACCGACGAGGCAAGUUCUGCGCCAUGACGGGUGACGGUGUCAACGAUUCGCCCUCUCUGAAAAUGUCGGACGUCGGUAUUGCAAUGGGCAUGAACGGAUCAGAUGUGGCCAAGGAUGCUUCUGAUAUCGUGCUCGUGGAUGACAACUCUAUCGGAAACGCCAUCGAAGAAGGUCGACGUAUGGCGGACAACAUUUCCAAGUUCGUUUGUCAUCUGCUGGCACAGAACGUAGCGCAGGCUUCGGUGCUUUUGAUCGGACUGGCCUUCAAAGAUGAAACUGGGCUUUCGGUCUUCCCUCUCUCGCCCGUCGAGAUCCUCUACAUCAUCAUGGUCACAUCCGGCUUCCCUGCCAUGGGUCUCGGCAUGGAAAAGGCUUCGAUGGACGUGAUGAAGAGGAAGCCUCGAUCCAACAAGUGGGGCAUCUUUAGCCCUGAGAUGCUCAUCGACCUCGCUGUCUACGGCCUCUGGAUGGCAGUGCUUUGCUUGGCUACCUUCACCUUGGUCGAAUUCGGAUGGGGUAAUGGCGAACUUGGAAUCAACUGCAACUCGGAGUACAGCCCACCUUGCGAUCUCGUCUUCCGUGCCCGAGCUUCUACCUUUGCUGUCAUGACGUGGUUCUCGCUGCUGCUCGCUUGGGAGGUAGUCGACACGCGUCGCAGCUUCUUCAACAUGCGCAACGACGGCCAAUGGUACAAUCAGUGGUUCAAGGACACCUGGGGGAAGAACAAGUUCCUCUUCCUUUGUGUCGUCUUGGGCUUUUUCAGCGUUUUCCCGAUCACCUACAUUCCGGGUCUCAACGACAUUGUCUUCCUCCAUACCGGCAUCUCGUGGGAGUGGGGCAUCAUCUUCGUCUGCACCGGCCUCUUCGUUGGAGGUAUCGAAGCAUACAAGUGGGGCAAACGCGUUUACUUCCGACGCACUCAGGUCGACAAUGCUAAGCUGGUCGACGAGGAGCAGCAGGUGCAAGAUGGCGAGGUUGCUGAGGAGAAGCCCGACGGUAACCACAGCAAAAACAUGAUGCCAGCUCCCACCACCUCGACCGAGAAAACGAUGGUGUAA